GGCUCCGGCCAAUGAUUGCUAACCGAUUUCUCGUUAGCUCGAAUGGAAAUGUCCGUCUCUGUCUGAUUUUUUAUUUGUUGUCUGAGUGAAUGAGGGCUGCUCAUCAGGAAGUAUCCAGCGGGCAAAACUUAAUAAACGACUCUUUGACAUUUGGGCCCGGCCACGUCUCUCUCGGGUCUGUACGACAAAGAACAGGCCGACGCCGUCUGUACAGGCGCGAGUUGCAGUGGACUUACAAUGAGAAUGUAUUCAAGGAGCACUAUGUACCUGAAUAGGUUAACGACAGAAGAUGGACGGAGACAGCUCGACCACCGACGCCUCCCAGCUGGGCAUCAGCGGAGAGUACAUGGCCUCUGGUCACUACGUCCUCCAGUCCCAAGACGAUGAUGGAGAGGAGAAUCUGAAUGACCAUGACGACGGCGGCAUCAAGGAGAACUUCAGGGAGCAGGACAUCUACCUCCCCAUUGCCAACGUGGCUCGCAUCAUGAAGAACGCUGUUCCUCAGACCGGAAAGAUCGCGAAAGACGCCAAGGAGUGCGUGCAGGAGUGCGUGAGCGAGUUCAUCAGCUUCAUCACGUCGGAGGCAAGUGAGCGCUGCCACCAGGAGAAGAGGAAGACCAUCAACGGGGAGGACAUCCUGUUCGCCAUGUCCACGCUGGGCUUCGACAUGUAUGUGGAGCCACUGAAGCUCUACCUGCAAAAGUUCAGAGAGGCCAUGAAGGGGGAGAAGGGGAUUCCCGGAGUGUCGGUGGGAGACGGCCUGGGAGACGAUCUCACAGACGAUAGCUUCACAAAUCCACUGCCAGCUGGGAUCAUCACAGCGGACGGUCAGCAGCAGAACGUCAUGGUGUACACCACCUCAUAUCAACAGAUUCCCACCGUGCAGCAGAUCCAGUUUUCAUGACGAGGCCUUACCCCCGAGCCUGAACACAGUGGCCGGAUGGACAGGAGGAGGAGUAGGAAGGGGGGAUCGUAGAAACCCCCAUGUACAGAGAAAUCACUACCUGUUCAGUAGAAAGUGUAGUUCCUAGUUGUGAGGUACCAAAUGUUUUGGAGUGCAUCCAAACCAGCUGGGAGAAAUCAAGGCUUUAUUUUAAAGGCUAGUCUUAUUACAUGAUUUAGUGGUCAAAUUGUUUUUUCCGUGCGUGUGUGU